CAAGAUGGUUGAUUCCCAGCCAUACAUUAUCCGUGCGAUGGAGGAGAUGGGUCUAGCCGACGGUGGCUUCAUUCCGAUCGCGAAUGAAGAAAACAAACGUUUGAUGGAGCUAAUCAAUCGGCUAACCGGAAGCAAGACGGAAUCGACGGGGAAGGUGGCAAUCAGCGACCAACGGUUGGGCAAUUUGAAGGUCCAUCUAAAGAAUGCACAACAAGAGUUUGAGCAAAAUUCGAAGCUGAUCGGGGUGGACAAAAGUCAAAUCACUACCGAGCACGGGCUACUCAAGGUGUCCCAAAACGAACGGUCCUUCUUCCGGCAGCAACUGUCCGACGCGAAGAAGGAACACUCGGAGCUGAACAAGCACGAUGAGCGCGCCAAUGGUGAUAUGAAAAAACUGAAGGGAAAUGUUCAGAAGUACACGGAACGCAUCAAGUGGGCGGAAGGAGUAUUUUCCGAAUGGAAACAGGUGAUGGGAGAUGGAGAAAAAAGGAUCAAACUCAUCCAAAAGUAUUGCAAGCAAGACACGAGCAAGGCUGAAGCGCUGGAAGCCAAGAGGAAACAGUUGGAAAACAAAAUUGCAUCACGUCAGACGGUACUCGUAACGCUGUACGAAGAGUACAAAUCGCUGGAGCAAGUUCUCGAGCGAACGUCGCAGCUUUUCCGGCAAGCGCACCACGAACGUCGCCAUAUGGUGCGCACGUGGAAAGAAGCAGUUAAGCACAUGAAUCAACUCGAGGCUUCGGUCAAGCUGGUCGAGCAGGAUAUUGACAACGCGCGCGAAGUAAAGGAGAUGUUGCAAGGUGACUUGCAAGCGCAGGUCGAAUUUCUGGAGCAACAGCAGCGAAACAACCACGAGAUCGAUCUUCGCAUUGCCGAUCUCAAUGUGGAUGUUUCGAAACUUCGCAAUCGACUUACGGCACUCAACGAUAGCGUUCAGCUGAAGACGAACGAGUACCAAAUUACGCGCAAAGCGGUGCAAAAUCUUUCUAACAAAUUGUCCACCAUGCGGUACCGUAACCGGCACGCCCUAACGGAGGAGGAAGAGAAGGAGAAACAGAUCCACGAAAAUCUCAGCGAGCUGGAGCUGCUGCGCGACAAGCUGGACAACUUCCGGAGCAAAAGCUUGUGUGCGCAGGACCGGUUAAGACAGUUGAACGAAAUCGUCGAAUCGGAAGAAAAGCAAAUCAGAGCGAUGGAAACCGAAACGGAACGGCUGUCGACGGCUAUGUACCGUGCUCAGCAACAGCUUUUUGCGAUGAAGGAGGAGGAGAAGCUGCUGAAGGUGGAGGUACACUCGACCGAGGCUGGGAAGGCCAAGAUUAAGGCGGCGAUCGAAACUAUGAAGAAAGAAAUUAUGAGACAGCUGGACAUAACGUACAACGUGAACUACAACAUUGAGCAGGUGCAGAAGCGGAUCGUCAACAUGCAGGGUGCCGGAAAUACGCAGGAAGCAGCAAAUGAAGCCCAUGCCAAGCUGGCCCACGCCCAAGAGCUGCUUGCGGAGAAGAAGGAAGAAUUGACGAUUUUGCUCGCACAAACGGUAAAAAUUCAGCAGGACUUCCGGCAGGCGAGCCUAGUCUUUCAGCAGGAUGCGGCCGAGAUCGAGCGUAUGACGGGCAAGUGGAAGGAAAAGACGCUCCUAGUCGAGGGCGGCGAGAAAAAAGUGCGCCAGUGUAAGGCCGAAAAUCAGGAUCGGUUGGUGGAGAAGAGUUUGCUUAAAAUGCGCAUCAAGCAGAUGGAGCGGCAGCUGGACAGCCAGAGCGACAAGAUGUACACGCUGGAACGGCACCGGAUGGAGCUGGAGGCAGCGAUUAGCAAGCGUAUGGUGGACAUAACCGCUCAGAAGGACAUGCUUUCACUGAAGCGCAAAUAUCUCGCGGAAGAACGGGCCCAACUCCGUGCGGACAUAUCGGAGCGUACGUUGAAGAUUGAACAGCUGAAGAAUAGGUACGAACUGUCGCUGGAUCUGUUGGGGAAGAAUGAGGACGGUACGAUUGUGACAGCGACGCAGAUUAAAAUUCAAACCGCACAGGAAAAGUACAUGCUGCUGCGGGAAGGAAGCGAGCUGAAUGUGAAGAUACUGAAGGCGGAAGAGGACCUGAAGGCGCUCGAAAAUUCCCUCAAGGUGAUGAACUACGCCAAUGACAAGUACAGGCGUGGCUUUCAGAAAGUGGAAGACGAGAAUCCGGACAUGAUUGCGAUGGAAAACAUUCAGGCAGACUACUGUAACGCUGUUGCUGCGCUCAAGAGCGUACGAUCGGAUUUGUCCAUGAAUACGGAGAAUUUGCACGAUCUGAAUGAAUGUCGGGAACAAAAUGAUAAAGCUCUGGAGGAAGCCCAGAAGGUACGGUUGGACAGUAACGAUGUGUUGCUGCGCAUUCAGAAGGAAUUGCUGGAUCAGCGGACAAAGAUACAACGGGCCGAGCGAGAGCUAAAACUAGCGAUCAAGGCAGCGAAGGCGAAGACGAACGAUGACGAUUUGAUGCUGAUUUUCCAGAAGGACCUUAAUCUGAAGGAGUUGGAAGAACGCAACAGUAAUGCGCUGCAACAUUUAGCCGAUCUUGUGGAGCAAAACAGUGAGUUGGCGGCAUCGGUCAGCAAGCACUGCUACGAGCGUGGCCUUCGUUUACCGUUGAUAAAGCGCACAAAGAGUCAGAUCUCGUGGCGUAGCGAGAAUUCUCACGGUACGGAGUAUAGUGGCCGUGUGGAUACGAUUUCUUCCAAGCAAGCGUCCCGUCUCUCGAUCUGCACCACCACAACAUCCUCGCGCAAUACGGACUCGUCCGAUGAUAUAGCGAAAUCGUUCGAUAAUCGCAUGAGUGCCGGUCUGUCGGUUAUUUUGAUUGACUUCCCGGGAAGCAAGGCGGCAGCCGCCAGCAAAUCGACCAAAAAGUAACGAAUCCAACCAACGUUUCUCUGAUGCAAAGAUGAUAACUUUAUUUUGCUCUCACUGCGUG